UAUAGUUACAUAUUUGACUCGUGUAGGGGCUAUUGGAUCGUGAUAGUGAGAAAUAAAGAGUUAAUUUUGAUAGUUACCCAGUCCUUAUAUGUGAUUGGUCCAAAAUUGAGAGCUGGGAUUAGACAGCGCUGCCCUGCUAAAUCUCGUAGUCGAUGAAGUAGAGUCUACUGUAGAUACAGAUUGGAUACAGACUUUAAAAACGAUCUAACAUUUCCAGUUUGUCGAGAAGUUAAUUCAGCAUUUUAAUGGAUACCUGUGUGUGAUAAAUGUACGCAUUUGAUGGUAUGCUUUGUCUGAUUGACAGUUUUUCCAUAUAGCCGAUCUAUGCUGAAAGGAUAUACAGUCAUGCAGCGAUCAUUAAUUAUAGUGGUGGUUAAGAAAGCGCCGAUGAAAUCGGCCACUGUCAAUAAAUAAAUGGAGACUGCGAGGACUUGUAUGAGAAUGGGUAACAAGUGUUCUAUAAAGAGGCUGAUACGAGGUUAACUUCAUUCACUGGAAACUUCAGAUUUGGGGAACAUGAAGUUGUCUUCAGUCAGAAUGGGAGUCGUCAAGGUCAUGUUGCUCAUCUUUUUGGCCAUUCUGUUGUCUGACUGUGCAAGGGGACCUCCACUGGUGGCUGAGAGGGUGGCCCAUAGACAGUCAGUGCACCUGGGGAGUUCCAUCAAGCUGCCAUGCCCUGUUGUAGGAGACCCGCCACCCCUCAUCAUGUGGACCAAAGACGGCCACAACAUCCACAGCGGCUGGACCCGCUUCCGCAUCCUCCGCCUGGGCCUGAAGAUCAAGGAAGUGGAGGUUGAGGAUGCUGGAACAUACAUCUGCAAAGCCACCAACGGCUUUGGCAGCGUCAGCAUCAACUAUACCCUCAUUGCCAUUGAUUACUCUGGUGCUGAUAAGACUGGGCCAGGGGUCCCUGGUGGGGUGGACUCAGAGUAUGACCCUGACCACCUAUCAGGAAAACUAGUGCGUCCCCGCUUCACACAGCCUGCUAAAAUGAGGAAACGGGUGAUUGCCCGCCCAGUGGGGAGCUCUGUGCGGCUGAAGUGUACAGCCAGCGGUAACCCUCGGCCAGACCUUGUGUGGCUGAAGGACGACAGGCCGCUGACGGAGCGCGAGGUUGGCGAGGGGCGCCAGAAGAAGUGGACUCUGAGCCUGAGGAACCUGACCCCGGAGAACAGCGGCAAGUACACCUGCAGAAUCUCCAACCAAGCCGGGGAGAUCAACGCCACCUACAAAGUGGAGGUCAUACAGCGGACCAACUCCAAACCCAUCUUGACGGGCACUCACCCGGUCAACACCACAGUGGACUAUGGGGGGACUACCUCAUUCCAGUGCAAAGUGAGGAGCGAUGUCAAACCGGUCAUCCAGUGGCUCAAGCGUGUGGAGUCCAACGGGGAGAGUCGGUACAAUUCCACCAUCGAGGUGGGCGACCAUCGCUUUGUGGUGCUGCCCACGGGAGAGGUGUGGUCACGCCCUGAUGGCUCCUACCUCAACAAGCUGCUCAUCACCCGCGCCAAGGAGGAGGAUGCUGGCAUGUACAUCUGUCUGGGUGCCAACACCAUGGGCUACAGUUUCCGCAGUGCUUUCCUCACCGUGCUGCCAGACACCAAGCCACCCAUCCCCCCGAUGUUCACCCCAGCCUCCAGCACCCUACCCUGGCCUGUCAUCAUCGGCAUCCCUGCUAGCAUGGUGUUCAUAUUCGGUACAGUGCUACUGUGGUUCUGCCAGAGUAAGAAGCACUGUUCCCCUCCCAGCACUCCGGCUGCGGCUGCCCAGGUCCUGCAGGCCUCCCACCGGCUGCCCUACCAGGAGAGGGACAGGAGCUGUGUGGCCCACUUCUCCACUUCCUCCAGCCCAGAGAAGGACUGCCUGAGCUCCAUAAACUAUGAGGAGUAUCUGGCUCAGCAGCAGCUUCUCCUCACCCAGGGGGUCUCUGCCCUACCCCCCAGAAUCUACCCCAAAAUCUACCCAGACAUCCACACUCACAUCCACUCCCACGUGGACGGGAAGGUGCACCAACACAUUCACUUUCAGUGUUAGCCAUGUGCCAAAUAUAAUAAUAUAUGCCAUUUAGCCAAAGCAACUUAUAGUCUAGCGUGUAUACAAUUUAAGUAUGGGUGGUCCCAGGAAACAAACCCACUAUCCUGAUGUAGCAAGAAACAUGCUCUACCAACUGAGCUACAGAGGACCAAAUGUAAUGUUGUCCCCUUCUCUGCGCCUCUGAAGAAUGGCAUCGUACAGUGAGGGUCUGAGCUGUGGACUGAACCUCAGAGAACAGCUCUCUGGUUGUACCUGCAUACCUGCCUGGUCCUUGGUGCAACUUGUUUCAUAUCAACACCACUAAAAGACAUCAAACCCCGAUGUGCACUUUGUACACAAAUCCCCAAGGGAUUCUGCAAUGUGUUAACAGCUAUUCAGACUUACUGAGAGGGCUAUGUAUGGGUUGUUCCACCAAUUUGGUGCCUUUUGAGAAGUAUUUUUUUAAAUUUAAUUUUACAUUCUGUCAUAAAGAUUUUUUAUUUAUUUAACUAGGCAAGUCAGUUAAGAACAAAUUCUUAUUUUCAAUGACAGCCUAGGAACAGUGGGUUAAAUGCCUGUUCAGGGGCAGAACGACAGAUUCGUACCUUGACAGCUCGGGGGUUUGAACUUACAACCUUCCAGUUACUAGUCCAACGCUCUAACCCCUAGGCUACCCUGCCACCCCAAAAUCACAUGUUCGAAUUCAUAAAAAAAGUUUUCCCAUCUCGAGAGUUAAAGCUAGAAUUCUUAGUUGCUACAUCCAUUUUUGGAGUUUUAAAUUAAUGAUAUACACUGCACAAAACAUUAAGAACACCUGCUCUUUCCAUGACUAACCAGGUGAAAGGUAUGAUUCCUUAUUAAAUUCCUGUUAAAUUCACUUCAAUCAGCGUAGGUGAAGGGGAGACAGGUUAAAGAAGGGAUUUAAGCCUUGAGACAAUUGAGAAAUGGAUUGUGUAUGUGUGCCAUUCAGAGGGUGAAUGGGAUAGACAAAAUAUUGUGCUUUUGAACGGGUAUGGUAGUACGUGCAGGUGCACCAGUUUGUGUCAAGGGGGGAAUUACCUGGGGAGCUCUGAGGUACCUGAACACAUGAGAAAAAAAUCACGCAUGCAUAUCAUCACAUUUACGUAGUGACGUAGAGUAGAGGCACUUACAGAAGUUGCACACAUAGGCAAAAUGUUGUGGCCAAGGGUCCAGGUAUUUUUGGGCCUCUUAUAAACGCAUGUCAUGCGAUUCUACAUCAUUUUACAUGACUGGAGAUUUUUGCAUAUAUUUUUUUCAAUGCCGCGUUUGGGAACUUGGAGAACUCAGAGCUGGGAAAUCUCCAACUUCAGUACAUUCAAGACAACUAGGAAAUCGGUUAAAAAAAAACGAGCUCCGAAUGGGAAAAUUAUUUAUUUAUAUACUUUUUAAAAUAUAUAUAUUUUUUACCCUUUUUCUCCCCAAUUUGUCUUGUCUCAUCGCUGCAACUUCCGUACUGACUCGUGGCACAGCUAGUCUGAAAAUUAUCAUCUAGGAUGUUGGUAAAAGCCUUUGGUUAGUAUCAUAGCAAGGAAACAAAUCAUAGCAAGGAAACAAAACACAUAGCCGAUUUCAAUUAUUUACGACAACAGCCCUAAUGUUGAUAUCAAUCAUUGUCAUCCAGUCACGUUUAUGAUCCUGUUCUAGCAGGAUCCGGCUCAAAUUAAGCACCGAAGUCAACAUGGGCCAGCAUCCCUGUGGAACUCUAGAGUCAAUGCCCUGACGAAUUGAGGCUGUUCUGAAGGCAAAACUGGGUGCAACUCAAAAUUAGGAAGUUGUUCCUAAUUUGUAUACUCAGGGUAUAUUCAUACA